AUGUCCCGCGUCCCCUUGGGAAAAGUCCUUUUGCGGAAUGUCAUUCGCCACACUGACGCCCACAACAAGAUCCAGGAAGAGUCAGAAAUGUGGAAAAUACGGGAGAUGGAGAAGCAGAGCCAAGAGAUACGCUGGGGCAAACACGAGAGGGCUCUUCUGAACAGUUCCAGCAGCCGGAUGCGUAGCGAUGGGUUUGAUGAGGACAGCCAGCAGAACAGCUGGAGGACAAGGAACAUGCCAGUUAUGGCAGUGACCAUUGAAGACGACCUUCGACAUGCCCGCUACUGGAACAAGAAGCUCUACGAAUGCGAAGCUAACAUGCCGGACAGAUGGGGUCACAGUGGCUACAAAGAGUUGUAUCCAGAAGAAUUUGAUACAGACAGUGACCGGGAACCAGAUGAACAAAACUCCGUGAAUGGAAAAAGAAAAUCCCAGUCAGACAAGCAGAGUUCUGCGAAGCUGCACAAAAGGAAAAAGCCCAAAAAGUCACACAAAAAGAAGCAGAAAAAGAAGUCUCACAAGAAGAAAAAGAAGAAGAAACGAGAGGAGCCGCCGAGCACAGGGGCAGCUUCUUCCCAGGAGUCCGAGUGUUCGGAGGGAGAGCCCCCCAAGAGGAGGAAAAAGCGCCACGCCAAGGGCAAGAAGGCCUCAGAUGAGCCUCCCGCCUCUUCCUCGGAUCCAGGCAGCGGCUCUAGCAAAGCCAGCAGCUGCCUCUCCAGCCACUCUGCGGACAGUGACUCAGAGAAGCCGGCCAGGAAGAGGCGGAAACGCCAGGCUCCCCUGCCCGACAGAGCAGGGGACAGGGCACCGGAGAAGCGCAGCAAGAGGAAGAACUGGAAAGUAGCUGCUGACGAGAACUCCGAGGACAGCUCAGAGGAGGAUUAGAACC